GGAGGGACUCUGGACACUGGAUUGUGUUGUUUGUGAUUGGAUAUCGCUCCAUAUCGCUCCAGUCUGGAAUGAGCUGCACGCGCCCAAAUCUGCACCAAAUGCUACAGCACGGGAACAUGAUUCGCGUCUCCCAUUUUCUCCUGUUGAUCAUUUUCUUAUCCGUUUUAUAUCCAGUAGGAGGAGCGACAGAUCGCUGCCCUGUUCCUUGUUCGUGUACCUACAAAGGAAACAUUAUCCUAGUUUUAGAUUGUUCAAAUCUUAACUGGGCAAAAAUUCCUUCAACGUUCAAUUUGCCACCUUCCGUAGUACAUCUUUCGCUUGCCUACAAUCAAUUUGAAGUGCUCCAUAAAGGUUCUUUCGCGAAUCUGUCGAAUCUCCAAUAUCUUGAUGUAUCACAUAACCAUUUGUCCAGUUUGGACUAUUCCUGCUUUGAAGGAUUGGAUUCAUUGAUUAAUCUUAACAUGAGCUAUAACAAUCUAAAGAUGACAGUAGGUGUGUAUAGUCCUGGAAUAUUCCGAUAUCUGAAGCAUCUGAAAGUACUACACAUCCAUGGCAACAUCAGGCAAUCGACAGCGGAUCAAAACUAUCCGGAUGUGGCACUUUCCGAUCUCCAGUUUUUAGAGGUACUGACAAUGGACGGAUUAACAGGCAUCACAUUUGGACAAGGAUUUAGAAAAUUGAGACAUCUGACUUUCCUCGAUAUGUCAGUACGGGACGAUGAAAGUUCAUGUGUGUUGCUUAACGUUCUUAAUACAACGUUUAGCAGUUUGAGCAAUUCCUCACUUUCCGUGUUGAAGUUGGUACAGUGUAAUAUAUACCGUAUAGCACCAGGGGCGUUCUCAAUGCUUAAACAUCUAACCGAAUUAGACUUGUCUAAAAACGAUCGACUUGCGUUUGCAGGAAUGAAAAACGCAAGUUUUGGACUCAACUUAACAAACAUCCAGACUCUGAAUCUCAAUGGUAUCAACAGACACAGCGAUCCUUGGACGCUCCGGCAAUCUGAUUUUGUUUAUUUUCAUACUACAAACCUUAAAACACUCACGGUGGAUUCAAAUAGGAUUACUAACAUUGAAGGUGGCGUUAUAGACAUCCUUCCUACAUCUUUGGAGGUUUUAACAUUUCGGGACAAUUAUCUAACAGAUGCCCAUUUCAUGGCUAACUUGGUUCACUUGGAAAACCUUUUAGUGUUUGACGUAAGUUACCAGUUGCAUUAUUCCGUUAGACAAGAGAACACACCAGGGCGUGCAUAUCAUUCUCUGCUUACACAACUCACAAGUCGGGAAGAAAACACGUAUGUUUCAAGGAACAACAAGGAAAGCAUGCGCACAGUUCCAUCAUUUUCUAAUAACUUCACAAACGAGGUAGAUUUAUACACAAAGUCAAAUAAAUUAAAAUAUAUUUCUUUACGCCACGACAAAAGGGAUGAUGUCCUUCGGUUGCCCUUCAAGUUGAAGAAAGCCAUUGGAAGCAACCUCAAGAUAGAUCCUUUAUCUGCUCCACCUGUUACCUUUGAUUCCAAUAAUUCCCUGGAAUAUCUCGACCUGUCCUCAAACGGGGUCCAUGCCUGGUUUGGAAAAUGGUCGGGUUUACAUUCCUUGCGGUUUUUUAAUAUUUCCUUUAACGCAAUGUUUCUGUUGGCUCCGGAUUCGCUCGGUGAUAUGCCUAAUUUACAUACCCUCUUCCUGAAUGGAAACAGACUCGGCGUUACUAUAAUGCAUGACACGCAGUUUCUCACUUUUUCCAACCAAACAAAAUUAACCUAUCUGAAUUUGAGUGAUAAUGGCUUAACUGAUCUACCAGAAUUUGUGUUUGCAAAACAAAUAAUACUUGAAAAGCUAGAUAUCCAGCAUAACUUUUUGUCGGCCAUAAACUUUCGAAUGAAGUCGCUAGAAAGACUAAGAGAGAUCAAUCUCUCGAAUAAUACGAUAGCAGACCUAACGCGUGUCAAUAUGGAGGAGAUUGAUUAUUUAGUUAAGCGGUCAAACUUCACCAUAGACUUGACCGGAAACCCCCUGCAAUGUACAUGUGAUCAGUUAGAACAACUCCGAUGGAUGGUGGUUACUAAAUUCGUGUUCCGGAACUUAGAACGAUACACUUGUAAAGCCAACAAUGGCAGCAUUGUCAGUCUUGGUGCGUUGGACGAUAUGGUGGGACAAAUGGGAAUCGACUGUAUAGCAGGGGAGACAAUUCUCAUUUGUGUGGCUGUGUUUUGUGGACUGAGCUUUAUACUUACAGUUGCCGCUCUCGCCUACUACAAGAGGUCUCGACUUAUGUACCUAUUCAGUAUAGGCAGAAAACACAUCAAUCCAUUAGGAACAAAUAAUCCAACAGGAACAAACAUUCAAGAUGGCGAAGAAAUUGAAGAACAAAAGAAAUUUACGGUGUAUGUGUCUAUGGAACCCUCUCGGCUAGUGAACGAUUUCGUCUUCCAACUAAAGGAACAUCUUCAAACUAAAGGCGUAUCUGUGUGCAUACCCGAGUUAGAUCUGAGAAGUGGCGCGAAAGAGACUAUAUCUAUCGUUCAGGCCAUGAACAACAGUGCAUGUAUACUAGCUCUCAUUGACAACGCCUACAUGACGUCAUUUCAUCGUCUUUUCGAAUUCGAGGUUGCUGUCACUGAAGGAAUUCAGAACCGAUUUAAAAAUUUGAUUGUUGUUUUAUUAAAAGACUUGGACAGCAGACAUCUGCAAAUGAACGAUUUCGUUGCUAUGUACUGUCGAGAGAACCAUUUCUUUGAUGAUCGUCGGGGGCAAGGAAGAUUAUUUAUGGAAUUAGAAAAUGAAAUCAAAAGGUACAAGGAGUUUACAGAGAGAAAGACAUAGAAUUUUAAAUGUGACAAAGCUCUAGGUUCACCUCAGAAUAUUCACUUAUGGAGUGUCUAGAGAUGCAGUUUGAUGAGUCCUAACUUUAAGGACAUGGCACCAUCCUGAUUUGCUGUCGCUAUACUCGAGUCCUAACAACACACAACAAAGGGGAGAAAUUAAGCUAAAAGUAUGGUAUUCCAGACGGAGUGGGUUUUUUUUCUCUCUCUCUUAAAAGAUCUUUUGAUAUCAUUGUUUAUGAGAAAAUCAUGUCUUCUAUGCGCUGACCUCAAUAUUUGACUACGACAAAUUUCCCCUCAAGCUCCAUAAUUGUAUUGUAAAAUAUUUCCCAACAGUGAUUUAUAUCAUUUGCCUUGAAAUAAUUCGUCCAUUCGAAUUCCUCUUGUUUGUAAAAUCUGCUUAAUCAUACAGUAUAUAACUUCUUUGGCCGAAGGAACUCAGAACAGCAUCGGAACUUAAAGACAAGUUUAUAAUGAUCAUUUUUUUCCGAAUGGACUUUGAUGCUAUAUGAUCACUACCAUAUUUUCCUCAGUUGUCAAUACCAAAUCAAGCAAGUUUGGUUUAUUUGUAUCUCGCCAUCUUGUUUCCGUAGUUUCAUGUUGGUAAAGGAACAAAUUAAUCUUCCUUACAUUACUUAAAAGUCCUUACUAAUGUAUUGUUAUGCCGGUUGCUUUAUAUAAUUAAAUUUAGAUAUAUAUCUUUGUUGUGUAUGUCAUGCUUAACAACUGUACGUACAUUCAUUAAUCGUUCGCGCCCCGAUUGUUGAACUUGAAGGAAUUUCACUUUAAAAUGGUCUCAUUUUGACUGACAUUAAAACAUCAUAUCAUUGUAAAUUCAUAUUAUCCGAUGAGAAUGUGUAUUGAUAUUAUGAGCCUAUCAAUCGGCAAUCAUUUGUGAUUUAAUAUUAAAUAGGACAUGAUAUUUCGGUAAUGUACGAUGAGCAGACGAUAUGUUUACCGCUGUGUUAUCUGAUAAUCUCAUAUUUUACGACUGGAACAUAUUUAUAGUUAUGGAAAUUGUUCAGCACCAGAAAAUAAUAUCAUACCUGACAUUUAUAUUCCAUUUAAUCUCUCGUUCGUAGGUUUUAUCCGCCGUUACAGGCUUUAGUUUAUCCCAGUAAUACCGGCAGCCAUCAUUGUUUAUGUUUUCGGAACCUCUUUAGAGUUAUCAGCUUAGUGUACACUAGGUUUUCUCGGAUUGUAUCCAUGAUUAUAUAGCGCGAUUGAAUUUUUAAGCGAUUUCAUUGGUUCAUUCUCGUUAUAUAUUGCGCGCCGGGAGAUAUGAAAUUCAGUGCGGGAUUUAAGCUGCAGAACUAGAAUUAGCAGUAAAAGUUGCAGUUGUUGCAGCUAAGGAGAAGGUACGAGGAGACACAAAGCGAUAUUAGGAGUAAAUAUUAGUUAUUUAAAGAGAGUAGAAGUUACCAGGACAAUUUAGGAAUUACUGGGAGAACCAAGAAGAUUGAGGAAUUAACAAAUUCGUGAAAUUCUUUUCGUAAUUUCUUCUCGUUUAUCAUUGUUUUGUUGUAGACAUUAAGAAAAUGAUUUAUUAGCAAAUGUGUACAACAAACACCCUCCUGGGAGUUGUACUUUUAUCAUAAUCAGCUUUAGUUUUUCAAGUGAUCCGCUAAGUACUGCCUAAUCCGAAGGGUUCUGAUGUUAAUAUCGCCUUUGAAGCUGCCUUGUAUCUACGUAGUAAGAUCGUCAGAAAAUUCGGACUAGCUACUGCCGUGACAACUGUACUAGGAGAAAUUAGGAGUAAAGUAUGAAGAAUCAAAAUUAUGUCAGAAAUUAAUAGUUAAGAAGUAGUCAGGAGUCACUAAGAGAGAUUAGGAGUUACAAGGAGUAAAUAAGAGUUACUUAAUGAGAGUAGAAGUUACUGGGAGAAAUUAUGAGUUACUAGGAGAAAUUAUGAGUCACUAAGAGAGAUUAGGAGUUACUAGGAGAUAUUAGGAUUUACUAGGAGAAUUGAGUCUAACUAGGAAAAAUUAGGAGAAAGUUAUUUGUAAUGACUAGAUACAUAAUUGAACUAUUUUUAUUGUUUUUAACAACCUGCUCAUUUAUCGUCAGUUCAUACAUAUCAACAUUGUAAAGUCAAGGGAGACAAUUCAUCAUAUUGUUUUUCUUGGGAAAUUCGCCACCAGACGGAUCUGUUAAUUGUUUAUACAUGAUACUCGGUCACACGACAGACGGUAUAAAGUCCUGAUGAUCCGUACAUUGAAGCGUAAGACCCAUUCCAGUGUUGCUGUCUAUUUUUUUUUUCGAAAACAUGUUGAAUUGUUUCUCCAAUCUUUAAUUCCGUGACCAUAUUUUUUGUUGUUUUUUGCUUUAACGUCUGCGAUUCCAAUAAUGUGUGGAUUUUCUAUUCUCGCUCGAUUAGACGGUCUGCAUUUGUGUACAAGCCUUUUAUUUCUCUGAUUUCCUUCCUUUUAUAUCGGUUUGGGAUCCCUUGGCUGCGACCUUGACUAUCCGCCUCGCUCACGGGGUACCCUGUGCAUGAAUUCCCCUGAUGAUUUUUCCUCCUUUUCUUUGGCUUUGUCCUCUUUCUCCUAGGAACAUUGGUGAAUAGAUCCCUCUUCAAUUGUUCCGAACUUAAGACAACUAGUAUGGGCUUCUUGGAAGAUUCACCAGCUUCCUAGUCUUGUGAUUUGCGGAUCUUUCUCUUCCUCAAGCCGUAUUUGGCAUGCCGAAAACAUUUUCUGUAUUCUUUUGAAAUCCAUCUUCGUUCUUUCUUUACCGGAUUGAUUUUCUAGUCCGAGAUACCAUAAACUACAAUAUUGUGUUCUCUGUUUUUCGUUUCUGAUAUCUCAGACAUUACGAUGUCAAGAGUUAGCACGCUUUCCUCCCCCUUGAUCGGAAGUAAGAAAGCAUCAACUCACCAAGGUCAAGGUCACACGGUAAAAUGUCAAGGUCAGUUUUUGUGUAUUUCACUGAAUAUUCUGCGAUUACAUUUUCAAGCAAAGUUGAAAUGAAUCAGUAAACUGAUUAUUUGUCAAGGUCACCCUGUCAAAUGCCCGGGUCAUUGUUUUUUUUUUUUUUUUUUUUUUUUUUUUAUCUUUUCACUGAUGAAAACUUUGUUGUGACUAAUAUGCUUAGUUGGUUGGAAUUAAAUAAGGAGUCAACUGACAAUAGAUCCGGGUCAUUGGCUCAAUACUCAAGGUCAUUUGGAUCCAAAGUUCAAGGAAAAAUUGAAUCUCUUACAAUAACUCUGGCUGUUGUUGUGGUAAGGUUUCUAAAGUUCUAGCAAGCGUUUCAUUUCUCAAUUUCUGCAAAGCUUUUGACCUGUUCAAUCAAAACAUUUUAUAGCAAAAACUUAAGUUAUAUGGCUGCUCUGAAAAUGCAUGAUCUUUUUUCAAAUCGUGCCUCCUUGAUUGUUUUCUGAAUGUUUAAAAAAUACUUGAGUGAUAGCCGACAGCUUACUGUUGGUGUACCCCAAGGAUCAAUACUUGGUCCACUGAUGUUUGCUUGGUCCUUGUCAAAGUAAGAGUAGACAAAAUCAGAGCCUUAUUAAUGACUGUGUGAUUGAAAAUGUAAAAACUGAAAAACUUCUUGGAGUCAAUGUGGAUGAAUGUUCUUCCUGGAAUUGUCAAGUUAAUAAUUUUAACUGUUUUGUCAAACCAUAUUUUGAAUAUUGUGUUAAUAUCUGGAAAAGAGGAGCUAGGAUAAUAUUAAAAUGUGAUUACAAUA